AUGUCAGACGCAAAUGCAACCACACCAAGGGUCUUCAUCGCCCGUCACGGAGAGACGGAGUGGACAAUCUCUGGGCAGUGCACGGGAAACGCGGAUAUCCCGCUGACUGAAAACGGCGUCAAGCAGAGCAGGAGUACCGGCGAGAAGCUCGUCGGGCGGGGCAAGCUGAUUGAUCCUGCCAAACUUGCCCACGUCUUUUGCUCUCCGCGUCAACGAGCCGUCAAGACACUCGAUCUCCUUCUCGGGGAGGACACGAAAGCGACCCUCGAGUCCGAGGGAAGACUCAGCAUUACCGACGACAUUACUGAGUGGGACUAUGGCACCUAUGAGGGCAUCACUCCAGCUGAAAUCAAGACUCAGCGAGCCGAGAAGGGUCUACCCAAGUGGGACAUUUGGAAUAUGGGAUGCCCUGAAGGAGAAUCUCCGACCCAAGUACAGGAGAGGCUAGAUAGGCUCAUCGGCAACAUCAAGAAGAUUCAGGAGCCGUUCAUGCACGGUGGCCCAGCCCCGGACGUCCUCGUAGUUGCUCAUGGUCACAUUCUUCGUGCAUUCACCAAAAGGUGGCUGGAGUGGGACAUGGGAUUUCCUUUCACUAUGAUGAUGGAACCUGGUGCCAUUGGCGUGCUCAGUUAUGCGCACCACAACAUCGCUGAACCUUCGGUGUUGAUCGGCAUGGCCUUCCCGACCACGGUCUAA